UUCAAACUAAAUCCACGCGGUGUAUAGUACAUCGUCGCACCUGAUUCUAUCACCGCCACUCUCUUCCGGUGAGAGCACGGACACGAUCGCGCAUCAGAUCGAAUCGAGAGAGAUAUUUUUUGAAUUAUUAUAUCGGAAUGCAGGUGGUGACAUUGGAACGAAGGAGGAGCUUCCUCUGAUCGAGUUUUAGGGUUUUCUGUGGAAGAAGAAGAAGAAAACAUAAAACAUGAACGUGGAGCGAUCGUCGUUGUGCAACUUCGUUGUGAACUUCCUGAUGGAAGAGAACUACCUCUUAACGGCGUUUGAGCUUCUCCACGAGCUCCUCGACAAUGGCCGCGACGGCCAAACAAUCCGCCUCAAGUAGUUCUUAUCCGAUCCUUCUCGUUUCCCUCCCGAUCAGAUUUCUCGGUAUAAUUCGAUUCGAGUUACUGAUCCGCAAAGCUUGUUGGAGGAGAAAGAAGCGUUAUCGGAGAAGGUAGCUAUUAGUGAAUAUGAACUUCGUCUAGCACAGGAGGAUAUUGCACGAUUGAAAGCUGAAGGACAGAAGAAAUCUGAUUGUUCCAUUGAUAAGUUAAAAGAGUUGGAGGCAGAUGAAUUUGGAGACAACAGACCAGAAAUCCAACGGAAAAAGAAAAAGAUUUUUCCUUCACUGAGAUAGGGCCUUUGAAGAACAAUGAACGUCGAGACUUAAACUGUGCGGUUAAAGAAUAUCUUCUUCUAGCAUGUUACAGGCUUACCGCAAUGACAUUUUACGAGGAGGAGGUGACAGACCAGAACUUGGAUGUUUGGCAGGACAGUCCAGCGUGUGUGCCUGAUGCCUUGCCCUAUUAUUACUGAGAAAAUCGCCAUGCUUCAGGAGAAUGAAUCAUUGAAAAAAGAGAUUGAGAGGCUAAACAAAGAAAAGGGUGGGCUACUUAAGAGCAAAGAAAUAUUCGAAGAGCAAAUCAGUGCUUUUAACAAGUCUACUGAAUCACUUCAGAAGGAUCUUAGGGACAGAGAAAAGCAGGUGCAAAGUUUAAAGCAAUCCUUAGAGCAUCAGAGGAGGAAUCUCAAUGACUGCAGAGCAGAGAUCACAUCUCUUAAAAUGCAUAUUGAAGGGUCUUGUGCUGGUCAAUAUGUGUCAGCUAGUGAAAGUGAUUCUGUGCAAUCCCAAUCCGUGGAAAAUGUCGAGAAACAGAAAAGCGCUCUGCCAGUCGAAGUUGAGAAACCAACAGUCGAAAAGGAUGGUGGGUUGAUUUCUGAGAGUUCUAUGUCUAAUGAGAAAGGGCAUACGCAAACAGAAGAUGGUCUUGUGGAGGAACAGAUAAAGAAUAUAAUUCCUGAUCAAAGAGAGGUGGCAGCAGACUCCAGCCGUGUAUCAUAUAAAUCAUCGAGAGGUUUGAGUGCUUAUUUCAAUAUCGUUCAAAACAGUGGAUGGAAUAUUUGACAAGGAGUUUGUUUGACCGAUAGGAACUUCUUCCCCUGAUGAUGUGUGCAAUCGAGCGGCAUCCAGAUAGCAAUACAAGAGACUCCUUGACCCAUACACUGUUCAACCUGAUCAAACGUCCAGAUGAGCAGCAGAGGCGGAUUAUUAUGGAUGUAUGUUACUGUUUUAACUUAGAAGGUUUCUUUUUGCAUGAUUAAGACUGGUAACGUUUUGAGGUUGAGGCCUUUUACUGGAGUCGAGAAUGAAAUCCACUAUUGACUCCAGAUCUGAGGAUUUGGCUAAAGCUGUCCAAUGUGGCAGAGCCGGUUUAUGCUCUUAGCCAGAUCACUGGUGAGAAGAUCAAAACUUCCAAGCAUACAUAAAACUGACCUUCGACAGGUGGUGGUGUCUGGUUAAUCGAGCCUAACUCAAAGAAACUUGGUCCCGAAAUAAAUCAUCACCUGAAGAAAGCGACUUCCAAAAGUUGUCUAAUGCGUACUUUGGUCCUGAAUAAGAG